CAUCAAAGAUCAAUCAUGCUCGCACCCCUCCUUUUUCCUUUCUGUCUACCUUCGUAGCUGCUUCCACCCUCUGCAAACGAAUCUUCAUACAGACGAAAAAAUUGUAAAAAAAAUCACUCACUGUUGUGAUCAUCCAAUCACUUUUCAAAGGUUUGACCUUUUUGAUUGCACUUAUAUUGAUUUAUUCUCAGUUAGCUUCUUGCUUCACAAAAUCUCUACUGAUCAUGGUAUCUUGUUGCUUUACUAUAUUGCUUUGAGUUUCGAUAUAGACCUCUGGUUGACUUCCUCGGUGAUUGCGGAAUAAUUUCCAUAGUGUGAACAAGACAACUUCAUGAUUCUUGAUCCAAAAUAUCAGAGAAAUUAAAAAAAUUACCACUUUCCUAUUUAGGUUCUCUCGUUUUUCUCGGUCCAAUGAACCAAGAAAUAGUCUUUUUCAAUUUACACUUCCCAAACGAAUGAAAGUCGCAAGAGAAUGUGAUCAAUAUAAUUGUCGAUUAUAUUCACCGUUCGAUCGUCACACGCGGUGGAUGAUCUUUUUCAGAUUAUUUAUAUUUAAAGGGUGGUAGGAGAUAUUUACGUGAUUAAGUUAUAAACGAAACUCGAAAAUCGGUUUUUAGAACAAACUAUACAGCCAUGGAUAGUGCCCCUGGACUCUUGUUUCUUUGCUGCAGUUGUAUUUGCCCUUGUUUUCAAUCCAGACGGAAAGAUACAGAAGAUGCGGUUCUCGUUAAGGAGUCAAAUUCAUUGGCUCCAGCUUCGUCGGCAGAAAUGGGAUCCGUAUCUGGAAAGAUUGCUGCAAGUCCACUACGGGUCCCACCAAGUCCCGGUAGAUUCUCGAUGUCACCAAAACUUGAUAGGAUUGGUUCGGUUCAUUUGACUAUGCGGCAAGUUGCAAGAGCUACACAAAACUUUUCACCAUCGAUGAAGUUAGGUGAAGGAGGUUUUGGGACCGUUUAUAAAGCUCAACUACAAGACGGUCAAAUGGUCGCCAUUAAACGCGCAAGCAAGGAAAACUCUGAUGCCCUAAGAAGUGAAUUUAGAAGUGAGAUCGAGUUACUUGCGAAAAUCGAGCAUCGGAAUUUGGUGAAAUUACUUGGUUAUGUUGAUAAAGGAAAUGAACGUCUUAUUAUUACCGAGUACGUGCCCAAUGGUACUCUUAGGGAACAUUUAGAUGGUAUUCAUGGAAGUUACCUAGAUUUCAGUCAACGGCUUGAAAUUUCCAUUGACAUUGCUCACGGCUUGACAUACCUUCAUUCAUAUGCAGGAAAACAAAUAAUCCACAGAGACGUGAAAUCGUCGAACAUUCUUCUGACCGAAAGAAUGAGAGCCAAAGUGGCUGAUUUUGGCUUCGCAAGGGUUGGCGAUAACGAAGCUGGUAAAACACAUGUUAUGACCAAAGUCAAAGGGACGGUUGGGUACCUUGACCCCGAGUAUAUGAGAACCUUUCAACUCACCCCGAAAAGUGACGUGUACUCUUUCGGAGUUCUACUCAUAGAAAUUCUUACGGGUCGUCGGCCCGUUGAAUCAAGACGGUCACCCGAAGAGAAAGUCACUGUUAGAUGGGCCUUUGGGAAAUACAGCGAUGGUGAAGCGAUGGAGUUGGUGGACCCACAAAUGAGAGAAGCGGUGGAUCCGACGAUCUUCAAAAAGAUGCUAAAUUUGUCGUUUCAAUGUGCAGCCCCCACUCGAGCUGAUCGGCCGGAUAUGCAGUCGGUGGGAGAGCAAUUAUGGGCGAUUCGAAUGAAAUAUCUCCAACUUGGGAGAGAAGAGUGAUUUAAAAAAGCUUUUAGUAGUUUCUUAUGUUGUAGAUUUGUAUAAUGUGUUUGUUUUAGUUAUGUCAUAUGCGUGUUUCGGUCGGUUUCUUAUAUUACAGUUUCAUGGUCCCAAUUGUACAAUGUAUGUGUUUUUGAGUUGUACAAUAACUAUAUGCAUGUUCCUGAAUUGGAUAAAAGAUUUGGAAGUUUCGCGUAAAGUUGAUACCGUUUGUAUCCG